AUGGCCGUUGGAACCGUUUUGAUCACUGGUGGCACCGGCUACAUCGGCUCUUUCACCUCUCUGGCCCUGCUCGAACAUGGCUACGAGGUCGUCAUCGUAGAUAACCUCUACAACUCGUCAGAAGUCGCCCUCGACCGCAUUGAGCUCAUCUGCGGCAAGCGGCCCAUCUUCUACAAGGUCGACGUCACCAAGGAGGAUGAGCUUGAUAAGGUGUUUGCAACGCACCCGGCCAUCGACAGCGUUAUCCACUUUGCCGCGCUCAAGGCUGUCGGUGAAUCCGCCGAGAUCCCUCUCGAAUACUAUCGCGUCAACGUCGCCGGUACCAUGUCUCUCCUGAGCGCCAUGACCAAGCACAAUGUCACCAAUAUCGUUUUCUCCUCGUCGGCAACCGUCUACGGCGACGCGACUCGCUUCCCUAACAUGAUUCCUAUCCCCGAACACUGCCCUAUCGGCCCCACAAACACAUACGGGCGGACAAAGUCCAUGGUGGAGAACAUUAUCGAGGACCACAUCACCGCACAACGCCAGAACCUGAAGAAGGCGGGCAAGCCCUACGAGCAGUGGAACGGUGCCAAUCUGCGCUACUUCAACCCCGCCGGCGCGCACCCUAGCGGCAUCAUGGGCGAAGACCCCCAAGGAGUGCCAUACAACUUGUUGCCACUGUUGGGCAAGGUUGCGACGGGCGACAGACCGAAUUUGUUGGUAUUUGGGGAUGACUAUCCCUCCCGCGACGGCACUGCUAUCCGCGACUAUAUCCAUGUCGUUGACCUAGCCAGGGGCCACUUGGUCGCCCUUAACUACUUACGGGAACAGAAGCCUGGUGUCAAGGCAUGGAACUUGGGAUCAGGCCGAGGAAGUACCGUGUUCGAGAUGAUCAAGGCAUUCAGCAAGGUUGUCGGUCGUGAGAUGCCAUACGAAAUUGUGCCGCGAAGACAGGGCGACGUGCUGGACCUGACUGCCAACCCCACGCUGGCGAAUAAGGAACUUAACUGGAAGACGGAGCUCACCAUGGAAAACGCGUGCGAGGAUCUGUGGCGCUGGGUCAGCAAUAACCCCAAAGGCUACAGGCAAGAGCCACCACCGGAGCUGCUGUCUGCUGUCAAGGCCAAAACUUCGUGA